GGUGUCCAUCUCCCUGCAUGGUCCUUGAGCUCCUGCCCUAUUCGUGGCAUGCUCGGGCCCCAAGGAUCCCGGGGCUCAUCCCACCGAGCAGGUCGCCAACUUUCUGCCUCCUCCAUGGACGGAUGAGCAAGCAGUUCCCGGAUUACUUUGGGCUUCAGGAAGAGGAAAGCUGGAGCCUGGGAAUGGUCGUCAACUCAGGGCUCGGCUCUGACACCUGACAGCCCCUGACCCGGUUCAGCUGCACGGGAGCUGCCGAUGUUUGUGUUUUUGUUGUAUUUUUAUGCAUCCUGCCCUUCUAUCAGUUUAUUGCCGUCGCCCCUCCAGCAAGAAAAAGGGAAGCACUCUGAAGUCGUGCAGAGACGCCGUGUGAUGAGGAGGAGGAGGAGGAGAGCCAGUGGGGCAGUGCUGUGAGCAAGAGGCCCUGUCCCAGUGGAUUCGCUUCGCCUCACUCCACCCCCAGCCCAGCAUCUGUCCAUCUGUCCAUCCAUCCAUCCGUCCAUCCAUCCGCACCCACCAUGCUCAACUCGGAGCAGACAGAGCUCGACCUCCCGCCCGCGCACUCCGAGCCCGAAUCCGUCUUCAGCGACUGCGGCCGCGUGGGCGGCGCGGAGGAGUCCGGCGUCGCUUUGUGCCCUCAGCCCCGCGGGGCCGAGCAGGCAGAGGCGGUGAAGAAGGACCUGCAGCACCUGAGCCGGGAGGAGCGGCGGCGGCGGCGGCGAGCCACGGCCAAGUACCGCACAGCCCACGCCACGAGGGAACGCAUCCGCGUGGAAGCCUUCAACAUGGCCUUCGCCGAGCUGCGCAAGCUGCUGCCCACGCUGCCGCCCGACAAGAAGCUCUCCAAGAUUGAGAUCCUUCGCCUGGCUAUCUGCUACAUCUCCUACCUGAACCACGUGCUGGAUGUCUGAGCCGCCCAGCCUGUGUCUGUUUGUCUGUCCGUCCACCCGUCCGUCACCAACCCAACCAACUUGCUGGGCUGAGGGUUUGAGUAUGUCUGGUCCAGAUGCGACCCAACAAUGCUGCACCUGUAUCUGUCUGACUGCUUGGAUGGACUGAAUCCCAUCUGCCUGCUCUGCCUCUAUCCAUAAACUGCAUCUCCCCACCACCAAGCCCACAUCCAUCUGUCUGUCCGUGCUGCCUGAGCCAGGCGGGCUGUUCAGCCCAUCAGAUGUCUGUCUGUCCUGCUGGACCUGCUGCCUGAAGCCCGUCUGUUCCCAACGUCUGUCUGUCCUUCUGCUGCAUGUCCCGCUGAUAGUGCCAAUGGGAUCCUGAGCCCACAUCUGUCCAUCUGUCCCCACAGCCACGACCUGGUCCACCUUCACCCAUGUCACCUCUUUUCUACAAGCCACAGACUGUGCCCAUGAGGCACCAAGCAGCCCACAGUCCCAUCCAUCUGCCCCUCCAGCCACAGGGCACCGCCUGGGGACCACCCCACCUUCCCAGCGCUCUCCCCUGUGCACAGAGAAGCCUCUCCAGCUCCAUCCUGGUGUGGCACAGAGUACUCAGCAUGCUGCAGACGUAGGGCAGGAUCCGGCCACACUACACCAUGGACAGCUGCAUGGUGCCCAAGGCCAUACUGACCUAUGCCUGGCUGGAGCUGCUGUCACCUGGGGCCUGGCUGAGCCCCUUCACUGCACACCCACCUCCCCAAUGCAUCCCACUCUGGGAGCACCUCAUCCCAGAGCUGUGCAUCCCCACCUGCACUACCCUCAGCUCUGAGCAGAGUGAGCGUGGAACCCCUAGCCCUUUACACGCCCUCUUCGCAUCAAUAUCCCUGACAGCCCCAGAGCAAUCUUCAUACCCCACCUCUUCCUCUGUCUCCCCUGUUACUUUCUAAGAGUUAAUUUUGCACUGGCGGUGGCAGGAGCACGAGCAGAGCUCCAUGGGGACCGGGACAGAGCAGAAAGUGCCUGCUGUGCCCAAAGGCAGUGUGCUGCUCACUGCAGGGUGGAAUAUGGCCCAGCUCCAUCCCCGUCCUGGCACUGCCCACAGCUCCAGACCCCAUCUCCCUGCAUCCCCAGAGCAGCCCACAUCCCAUGGGACGUGCUCGGGGAUGUGGCAUCCCCAAGGGACACGCACAGAGCAGGGCAGCCCACCCGUCCCCUCCACUCAGCCCACGCCCCUGCGCCACGAGGAUAUUUAUUGAAUUAAUUUAUUGAUAAAUGUUAUUAUUUAUUUGCUGUGUUGUGCACUUUUCGGAAAAGAAACCUAGGAAGCAAACAAACAAACAGAAACAACCACGGUGGAAAGCAGCCCAACCCACCCCUGUGUGCCCCAGCUUGCAUUCGUCUUGGCUGUUCGGACUGUGUGAGGAUUUAUUAUUUAUGAGUUCACGAGGAAGUCGGGGAGGGGGAAAUGAAUUAAACUGCCAGCAAAAGAGAUCUUGAA